AUGUCUGCGACAACCCUAGAGCCGACCCCGGCUGACGUUCACCAAUACGACUUCAGCCGCCUCAAGCCCUACCAGCACCCGCCAGAAUCCAAAGCCGACUUGCCCUGGGCUGAAUUGGUCACUCUUGACCUCGAGGACUAUCACCGAUCAGGAGGCAAGGAGCGACUGGCCAAACAGCUCGAGCAUGCCGUCCACCACGUUGGCUUCUUCUAUGUUAAGAACUUCGGUUUGACUCAGGAGCAAGUCGACCAGCAAUUCACCCUCGCACAGAGCUUCUUUGAACUGCCUGUCGAGGAAAAGGAAAAGUACGAAGUCAACUAUGCCGCCGCGGACUACAAUGGAUGGCGCCGGCCAGGCCGACACACUCAGGGCGGCGUAAAGGACAAUAUCGAGAUGUACAACUUUGCCAAGUUCACCAAGGACUUUGAGGGAAAAUACCAACAUCCUGACCUCCUCAAGGCCCAUCUGCCUGAAAUAGAGACUUUCCAUCGUGCCCUGCAUGCGAACGUUGUGCUGCCGCUCUUGCGCCUGUUCGCCAUUAUCCUGCAGCUGCCUGAUGAAGAAUACCUGUCUAGGCAACACACAUACGAGGAAAAGAGCGAGGACCACUUCCGGUAUAUGCUAUAUUAUCCACGGACAGAAGAGGAAUGGAAAAACAGUAACUAUGGCAAAGGUGGUGGCCAUACAGAUCUCGGAACAGUCACGCUCCUCUUCCGUCAGCCGGUGGCAGGUCUGCAAAUCCUGGGUGAAGACAAUAACUGGACAUAUGUCUCGGCUCAGCCGGGCACUAUUACCGUCAACCUUGCAGACACCAUCUCUCACUUGACCGGCGGUUGGCUCAAGAGCUCUGUGCACCGUGUUGUUGCACCGCCGGAUGACCAGAGACAGUAUAAACGGACGGGGCUGCUUUACUUUGCACGACCACAUAAUAAAACAGUCUUAGCGCCAAUCACGGAUUCUCCAGUGCUACAGAAGGCUGGAGUGCAGCCUAGAUUUGAUAAACUGGUCACCAUGGAAGAGUGGGUUAGGGCCAAGCAGACGCUGCAGCUCAACCCUGAGAUUGCAAAGAAGCGUUGGGCCGAGAAGGGCGAUGGUACUGUAGAGGUGCUUGCAGGCUUUCACGACAGAAGAUAUAAGGAGUAG